AUGGAUCUCCUCUUCGACACUGUCUACCAAUCGCAAGAUCUCCCAGAGAAACUAUGGUCGAUAUCCGCACGCUCUCGACGCGUAUCCAACUGGGCGGAACGGCGUGCCGACGCUACGAAGGUCUCCACUGCUGGCGUUGCAGCAGACAUCCUUCUCUUGAACGACAUUCUGCGUCGCGCCCCGGCGGCCGCCAGUGAUAUAUGCUUCAAAAUUUGCGACAACGCAGAGGGCUCAGACAACUUGAUUUGCGUCCAGGAUAGUUGGUUUGAGUUGUUCGAACAAGCGGCGACAUAUGGGAACAAGCUGCUUCACUCUGGUCGAUGGUACAGCAUGGUCGUAUGCUAUCACAGUACGAAGCACCAGCUACGAUUCUGCUUCUUCACUAUACAAGGAAUGUUCGUCACACCAGUGCUUCGCUUGGCUGUUCAAUCUGAGUAUGGCCAGCUUGUCGAUGCCCUGUUUGCUUUUUGCGACCUAACGCCAUACGAACGCGGAGUCCACCCACUCUUCAUUGAUCAUCCUCAGAAGUAUAUUCUUCUUCCUUUUGAUACCGGGGGAUCUACUGCUUGGUGGAAGGUAGCUUCUGUACUCUCUGUGCGGAUUGCAUUUCGUGGUCGUAGGUCGAUGGUCGCCGUCAUCAAUCAGAAAGACACGGGCCAGGCUAUCCAAGACGAAGAGGUUUCGUCAACGCCCCGGAAGCCACUGGUGAAUGAUGAAGGCUUCCUUUUGGAUGAGAGGCGACGAUGGCUCGAUAACACUUUAGCCAAAACCGAGUACUUACCCCUCGGUUUGGAUGAAUUUCUCACUGAGUGGAAAUCCUUCGUCCGGCUGGCAGGCCCGCACAUGCAUUUCAAGGAAGGCAUCCUCAAGAUGGGAUAUUGCCUCCAAGAGGAUAGCGAUGUUCAAAAAGAGAUUUUUCACUGCACGGCUGGCCAGCAUGGAAUACCGGAUGUUCUUCCAAUCAUGGAGCUCAAGCAUGGCCUGGGUAUCUUUCGCGGUCUAACAUGCAGUUCAUGUCCAGAUUUCGCUUCAUUCCCUGGUCAAUUCAAGAUCGAGGUUGAGGAUCGAGUCGAACUAAUCUCCAUCUGCCUUGACAAUGGUCAAAGUCUUCUUGGAGAAGACUUGACGAUGCGUGGCUGGAUCAGAUGCUUAAUAGACGGGAUCGUUGGCUGCUUUCAUCUAUUCUUAUCUGGAUAUCUCCACCGAGAUAUAUCCAUUGGCAAUGUCCUUUGUCGGAGAGUACCUCAGAGCCGCGACAAGUUGCGAGAUAAUAACCAUCCCCAUCUCCGAACAGAGCGCUUUGCAUUUAUGAACAACGUACUUGACUCUUGUUCUGGUUUUCUCAUCGACUCAGACACAGCCAUAAAGUGGCGAAGUAGCGGAUACGCUCAAAGCGCGAACCGACGUUUCUAUGGCACACGACAGUUCAUGUCUCGCCGUCUACUGUUCAUGUGGAUAUACGGUAAAGAUCCUGUUGUGCACACUGUCUUUGACGACCUAGAGUCAUUCGCCUGGCUCGCGCUUUGGAUUGCCGCAUCUAAGGACCCAGACGGCCCGCAUUCACAGAAGUAUAUCGAUUUUCUUGACAGUGAUGACUUCGAGAUGCUGUUAAGUCACAAAAUCACAACGGCACUAUACUUUACCAAUGACACAAGAUGGUGUACUGCAGACCGGGGCAAGCCGGAGUCGGCUAUCCGUACGAUCAGGCCUUUGCUCAAGGAAUGGUUCAGCAUCAUUGACAAGUAUCAUACUGAGUCAAUAAUGGCGAAUUGGGAUGAGGCCUACGUGGAGAAUGGCGAGGGGAAUGGGUUUUUUGAUAAACUGCAGACACUGGGCGAACAGGUUUGCUGUGAGUACUUGGAAAAGGCUGUUGAGUUUUUAGAUACUCUUCCUCUUGAUCCCGAAUAG